AAUAUGAUACUCACAUUUUUGUUGGGCAACGUACUCAUACUUAAUUGUAGCUAACCAGCCAAAUAAAACUUUCACCCCACAUAUAAAACCAUUCAAAUAAAAAACUAUAUAUUAUACAUGAUUAUUCAUCAAUCCCCACGUAAUACAAAGUUGCUUAAAUAACAACAACAAUCGAUACUCUAGAAAACCCAUUUGCAUCAAUGAAGACCAUCUCUGAUAAUACUAACGGAAGAGGGAGAGAGGGCAAGAAGAAGAGGUCCGAGGCGAACGAGCCAGCAGACGCGCCGGGUUGGUGUCGGGUUAUCGUAAAGAGGUUGUCGAAACUCGAAGUGAAUCAAGCGAGAUUGAAGGAUCAAUUUUACGAGUUAGCUCAAGAGUUGAGGUAUUCUUCGUCAAAAAAGAAGAAGAAUGAUUUAAGAAGAGAGGAUCGAGCGGAGUGGAUUUGGGGUCCUACGUUUACCGGGAACUUUGAUAAUGCUUAUGGUCGUGUGUUACAGUCGUUGGGUCAUGCUUUACUUGUUAGCUCUAUUUCGUCCGGGAAUAUCAUUUUCUGGAACCGUGCUGCAGAGAAGCUUUAUGGAUGGAAGGACUAUGAAGCAACAGGGAGACGUUAUUCGGAGCUUAUUAUAGAAGUAGAGUAUGUUCCAUACAUUGAGAAAAUCAGGGAAAAGUUGCGCUUUGGCCAUUCAUGGUCAGGUCAGUUCCCUUUUAAGAAGAGGUCCGGUGAAGUUUUUAUGGCGCUAGUGACUGAGAGCCCGUUAUAUGAGGAUGGGGAGCUUGUUGGUGUUGUUACUGUUUCAAGUGAUGCAGCUGUUUUUAAUAGCAUUAGAUCAAACCAGCCUACUGUACCACGGGGUAACGUGAAAAAGAUUCAGUGGCAACAAAGACCACAGAUUGCAUCAGUGCCACAGAUGGCUUCUUCUAUCACGGAUCUGGCCUCGAAGGUCCUUGGGCGUAUGCGUGGAGAUGACACUUCCAGAGAAGGAGAGGGAUUUGUUUCGGAAGCUGAAGAUAUUAAUCUAGAUAAGAAGGAAGCUGAUAUAGCUAAGAAUACAGACGAAGGUAAAAGCUCUCAUGAAGAGGAAUCUGUGAUGGCUCAACCUGCAAAAAUGGCAGCUAAACUUUUGGCGAGAUUCAGAAAGAACAGUGGCAACAAUGCUGAAACAAGUGAUAAAAUCCCUGUACCAAACAGCCUAUUGAAAAAAACUGAUGAUGAAUCAUGUUCUACCAAAGGCUCAAAAUAUAUUACGUCAGAUAAUUCUACUUAUGAUGUCAGACUUUUCCCUUUUCCUGGUUUGCAUGAUAAAGAUGCCGACCCUCAAUUGGAAAAGCCUAAAGCUACAGAAGUAGAAGAUGCUGCUUCACGUCAAGCAGGAGCCAAAAGUUCUUCAGGCUCAGGGGAUAACAUGUCUGGAAGUCCUGGUAGCUCUUCAAGCAAAGGUGACAGUGAGUCAAGUCGUUCAAUGGUUGAUUCUGAUAUUCUAUGGGAGGACCUUCAGUUGGGUGAGGAGAUUGGUCAAGGCUCAUAUGCUGUUGUAUAUCACGGACUUUGGAAUGGAUCGGAUGUUGCUAUCAAAGUUUUCUUUGGGAAAGAUUACAAUGAAGGGACUCUACUAGAUUACAAAAAAGAGAUUAGUAUAAUGAGAAAAUUGAGGCAUCCAAAUGUCUUGCUCUUCAUGGGAGCAUGUUAUUCACAGGAACGACUUGCUAUUGUAACCGAGUUUCUUCCAAGGGGAAGUCUUUUUAAGAUACUUCACAGGAGCAAUCAGGUUUUGGAUCUCAAGCGGCGUUUGAGAAUGGCCCUUGAUGUCGCUAGGGGCAUGAAUUAUUUGCAUCGCAGAAAUCCUCCUAUAGUUCAUCGGGACUUGAAGUCUUCAAACUUGCUGGUUGACAAGAACUGGAACGUGAAGGUUGGUGACUUUGGGCUAUCGAAAUUGAAGCACGCAACCUUCCUAACAGCGAAGUCUGGAGGAGGAACUCCUCAGUGGAUGGCGCCAGAAAUACUCCGGAAUGACCCCUCUGAUGAAAAGUCCGAUGUGUUCAGUUUUGGUGUCAUCCUAUGGGAACUGGUAACUGUGAAAAUCCCUUGGGAUAGUCUAAAUGCUUUGCAGGUUGUUGGUGUAGUAGGAUUCAUGGAUAGAAGGUUAGACUUACCGGAAGGCCUUGAUCCUCACAUUGCAUCCAUCAUAAAGGAAUGCUGGCUAAGCAAGCCAGAACUGCGUCCUUCAUUCGAAAACAUCAUACAGAAAAUGACCAGAAUAGUUCAAAUUACUCCGUCUUCAGCAACCACUCCUGUUCGAAAAAGUUUAUCAUUACCACCAUAGAAUUACACACAUCACAAUGCAAGAGCAAUACAACAACGGAGUUCAGGACUGUACUUGUCUACUGCAUCGAAAUCUGCCAUAGUGUGUAUAUCUUGUUUAUGGCUGUUGUUGAGCUACAAUUUGGUUGAUGGGAGUGGUAAUGUAUGUAGUGGUAAAUUGUGCUUAAGAUACCACAUUACUGCUGUAAGUUACUUUUGCAAAUACUGUAAACCACUCGCUACCAACUAAAUGUGCCAUAUAUAGCAGAAAUAGUCCUAGGUUUGGCGGGCGUUUGUUGAGAAGGUUAUAGCAGAUUUCUUAGGGGAUUAUAAUUUCUGUUGCUCCCCUUCUUUUUCCUCAAUUUUUUGAUGAUUUUUUUUGGGGACUAUGGUUUCUAGUCCUUGUUACAAUGUAUAAUUAGUUGAUUGUUUGGUUAAAUUAUUAACCCUUAUAAUCAUUGAUUAGGAAGCAUUUCUUCUUGUUUUU